AUGCAACAAAAUAUCGCGAAAUUUCUACCCAACAAAACAUUGCCUAACCUUGAACCCAACAAAACAUCACCUAACCUUCAACCCAACAAAACAUUGCCUAACCUUCCACCCAACAAAACAUCACCUAAGCUUCCACCCAACAAAACAUCACCUAACCUUCCACCCAACAAAACAUCACCUAACCUUCUACCCAACAAAACAUCACCUAACCUUCCACCCAACAAAACAUCACCUAACCUUCCACCCAACAAAACAUCACCUAACCUUCUACCCAACAAAACAUCAACUAACCUUCUACCCAACAAAACAUCACCUAACCUUCCACCCAACAAAACAUCACCUAACCUUCCACCAAACAAAACAUCAACUAACCUUCUACCCAACAAAACAUUGUCUAACCUUCUACCCAACAAAACAUCACCUAACCUUCUACCCAACAAAACAUCACCUAACCUUCCACCAAACAAAACAUCACCUAACCUUCUACCCAACAAAACAUUGUCUAACCUUCUACCCAACAAAACAUCACCUAACCUUUUACCCAACAAAACAUCACCUAACCUUCCACCAAACAAAACAUCACCUAACCUUCUACCCAACAAAACAUUGCCUAACCUUCUACCCAACAAAACAUCACCUAAGCUUCCACCCAACAAAACAUCACCUAACCUUCCACCCAACAAAACAUCACCUAACCUUCUACCCAACAAAACAUCACCUAACCUUCCACCCAACAAAACAUCACCUAACCUUCCACCCAACAAAACAUCACCUAACCUUCUACCCAACAAAACAUCAACUAACCUUCUACCCAACAAAACAUCACCUAACCUUCCACCCAACAAAACAUCACCUAACCUUCCACCAAACAAAACAUUGCCUAACCUUCUACCCAACAAAACAUUGUCUAACCUUCUACCCAACAAAACAUCACUUAACCUUCUACCCAACAAAACAUCACCUAACCUUCCACCAAACAAAACAUCACCUAACCUUCUACCCAACAAAACAUUUCCUCGGAGAAUUGAGUACAGAGAGACGGGUGAGAGUACAGAGAGACGGACGAGAGUACAGAGAGACAGACGAGAGUACAGAGAGACGGGUGAGAGUACAAAGAGACAGACGAAAGUACAGAGAGACGGACGAGAGUACAGAAAGACGGACGAGAGUACAGAAAGACGGACGAGAGUACAGAGAGACGGACGAGAGUACAGAGAGACGGACGAGAGUACAGAGAGACAGACGAGAGUACAGAGAGACGGACGAGAGUACAGAGAGACGGACGAGAGUACAGAGAAACGGACGAGAGUACAGAGAGACGGACGAGAGUACAGAAAGACGGACGAGAGUACAGAGAGACGGGUGAGAGUACAGAGACGAGUGAUAGUACAGAGAGACGGACGAGAGUACAGAGAGACGGAUGAGAGUACAGAGAGACGGACGAGAGUACAGAGAGACGGGUGA